AUGAAAGUUGGACUGGCCUGUAUUUUGGUGGCUUUGCUUUUCUAUGUCUCUGCUGCUGCCCCCGCUGGUACGACAGGUAGUGCUGUCAUCCUUCCCUCGGGCAAUGAGCUCAGGGGAAGUGCUACCGAUGUCAUGCUAGUGUCUGUCGUUUCGGUAGAUGCCAAGCUACAAUCAAAGACAGGCGAUCCCUGUGUCACGGAUUUCGACGUCAAGGGAAGGGUCAUUUCGGUCAAUGCUACUUCCGUGGAUGUUGUCGAAGGUGAUUUGAUAUCCUUUGGUUCCUACGAUGUGGACAAGGAAGCUCUAGGAUGCCUGGGGUAUGCUGUUGGCCCGUUGCCUCCUCUCAAACUGGAGCCAGGAUGGUGUGGCAAGGUCUAUCUCAAGUCGAAUCAAGAUGGAGAUUUGUCAAUCGCCGCCUACGGACAUAGUUUUGUCUCUGCCGCCGACCCGGAUGACUGCAAAAAGGCCCUGGAUGGGCAUGUCAAGGCACUCGAUGUUGGCGGCAUUGAUGCUACUGGGGCAGACUUGAUUGACGUGGACGCUUAUGAGGAUGACGAAGAGGAUGGAGACAGCGACACAAAUUCUGUCGCCUCCGUGGUCCACAGCAUAAUACCGGCCAUAUCCGGAACAGCCAUGUUGUCGUUGCUUCUCUAA